UAACAUUAACUUUUGAAAACUAUGUAAAUCUCUACAGUAAGCGAAUACAAGAAGAUAAGGAAAAAUCCGUAUGUUAAAGAUUGCUCUAAUAUUUUUGAAUAUAAAGGAUGCUAGAGGUAUGCGAUAGUUAAAGAUUAAACGUCACAGCGAGGUAUGUGAUUGCACCUUGAGGAAAAAAAAAAACUUGGAGAACCUUAUAAGUAGUUAAGCUGUAACAAGUAUCAAUUACAUUUUUACUUAGCAAUAGCUUACGAAGUGACUGUACUAAUUUUCAAAAUCGUGUACACGAGUAACGGAAAAUCAUCUGAAUCGGAAACUUGAUAUAAAAUAUAUUAACUAAGCUCGCAAAGGCCGUAAAAAGCGUAUACAACCAUAUCAGCCAAUCAAUACUACUUAAAGAAAUAUAUUAUAUGAAACGAAUAAUGUUAAAAGAAAAAAAAUGAAGAGAUGAAUUCUUCAACGGAUCUUUUCGAUUGAAACUCAAUUUUUCACUUUUUAACUCGUUCAAUACUGCACUGAAAUAAUUAAAAAACACAAUUGUUAAUGUUAUUAAAUAAAAAUAAUCAUAAAUGCCAAAAAUUGUUUAAAAAAAAUCUUGAAUAAAAUAACUGUAAAGACAUUUCUGUGAUUAGAAACAAUUGGAUAAUUAAUUAUCUCUGGUUGAAAUGUACGUCGUUAAAUAAUGCGUUAUAACGAGCUACUUUAUGAAGGUCCCCGCAUCAUACACGUUACAAAAAAAGGAUAAUUAACUGUACGCACUGUAUUAUUAUAAGACGCCAAAGCUCGUCCCCUGUGUAAAUAAAAUAGAGAGAGAGAGAGAGAGAGAGAGAGAGAGAGAGAGAGAGAGAGAGAGAGAGAGAGAGUUUAUUGUUAUCGAGUCGAAACUAAUUAUAUCAAGGCAUAAGGGCAUAUAUACACAGAUAAAAAGAGAAAAAUGUCUAUAAACAUUAAAAAGAAGACAAAUCUAUACAUAAAGUUUGCUCUGCAAAAAUAGGAUUUAGCUAGCAUAGAAGAAAAGGGCUUAAUUAUGAAUAUUAUGAGAAAAAAAAACAAAUAUCUAACAAAGCUAUAUUAAUAAUAAUGAAAAAAGAAGAAUAAUGCAGGGAAGGAAAAAAUCAAGAUGGUGAAACGUCUAAUGUUUCGGGAUACUUACACCUAUAAAUAUAUAAGCGAAAGCCUACAAAAAUGUACCACAAAUCCACUGAUAUAUAAAAUCGGCGUUUUCUAGUUCCGAUCUGCUUGUAACUUUAUUUUCUUAUUACAGAAAAUGAAAGAAAAAAUAUUGAUUGUUAUCAUUGUAUCGAGAUUAUCUAUAUUCAAGAUCGUAUAGUAGACGGUGUAAACAGGAAGGAUAUUUUACUAUGUGAGACUUUGCUAAUAUUAGAUGACAUUAAAUUGAGAUGUAUUUUCAGUAUAUGCGAAACGUAUACAUAAGAAAAUUGAUACUGCUGAAGUCUCAAAAAAAAAAAAACAAAAAAAAAACGUUAUGUUUACUCGAUGCACUCGUACGAGAUAUAUUGUAGCACGACGAUCAAUGAUUUGUUUUUAAAAUUUUUUUUACAUAUAAUCGCAUUCUCUUCGAUAUAUAAGUUGACGCAAGCGCGUUUUGUACAUAUAUAGCACGAAGAAUAAAAGUACUUUAAUUUCUGCGACGCUGCGCGUAGUCGCCGUUCUUUUUUCUUGUAUAGUUUGCGCGAUUGACAAGUUGUAACGGAAGAUCUCAUGAAUUCGGAUUUUUUGAGGCUUCAGUCAAAUUGGAGAACAAUCUGCGACUCGUAGCGGUAGUGGAGAGUGUCCUCUUUAAAAAAUAAAAAAAAAAAAAAACGUAAAUCUGUGUGUGCGUGUUUUCAGAGACUAGGCGUUCUUUAGCUAAACAAAAAUAAAACAAGCAAAAAAAAAAAUAUGAAAAAUGAAUCUGCGUCGAAUCGAGCGUUAUUGCGAUUAUAAUAUAUUGUACACAUAGAGGGCACCGAAACAGAGUAGCAAUCAUUGUUAUCUUUGCGCAGGGACACGCUUCAUUUGCCGGCGACGUAUAAUUAUACAUACACAUACACACACAUAGAAUUACAGCGUGCGAUGUGUGCGAGUGACGCGUGCGUGUGAUUCAGCCUUCCUCUUGAUUUCGGCUUCGGCAAUUGGUCAAAAGCCAUGCGUGCGAAUAUUAUAUUAUACGGCAGUUGUGAGUUUGAAAGAGGCGUGUAAAACGUGUAUUUCUGCCGAUUGACGAAGCCGCGGGGAAGCACGUAUAUAUUCCCAGCGAGAAAGAGCAAGAGAGAGAGAGAGAGAGAAUCCCUUACGAUAAGACAAGCAAUAAAUUUAAGAGCUUCGCCACAUUAUUAUUAUCAAUCGAGGCCACUCGACAUUGUUAAGAAUUUUUAGCAAUCGAUCACAUUAUGAAUAAAUUGACCAAUUCAUUCGUUUUACGUCGUCGUCGUUCUUGUUGUUGUUGCCUCUCGAUAAGACCCGAACCUCGGACGUGCGUUUCUAUGGAAUAAGCCACUCGCGCAUUCGUAUACGCACAGUAGAGCGGGAAUAACCAGAGGCUAAAGGUAAGCGACGUCCGCAGGCAGUUCUGAAGAGAUAAGAUAAGUAGGUAUAAUGUACGCUCAAUAAUUGAAAGUUCAGCGCGAGCCAAGAUAAUCUGACUCUUCCCCGAGAAAUCAGCACAGUCGACAUAGCAGCAGUCCAUGCGCGACAGCAGUUUUGAAAAUGCCAGCGAGCAGCUAACCGAGAAAGAGAUGCGUCACCGAGCGACGUCGUAAACCGGCGAGUUUUUUCCUACAAGGCUGUGUUAGUGCACGUGAAACACAGAGAGCGAGAAGUUCGCUGCCAUAGACGAGUGUACGCACGCGGCGCGUGUGUGAGUUACGCAAUCGAGAUGAGACUGUUCGGCGUGGAGUUCGCGCCUCUGCUGGUGCCCUGGGAGCGUAGGCUGCAGACCCUGGCUGCCGCGGUCUGGUUCAUCAUCACGGCCUUCGGUGGUCUCACCUGCUGGUUCAUCACCUUCGCCGUCCUCCUCUUCGGAUCCCAGUGGCUCAGGCUGCUCAUGAUCGCUUACUUGCUGUUCGCCUACUACGAUCGCGAGACCAGCCGAAAAGGCGGUAGAAGCAAGCGGAUUUAUCUGUUAUUCCGGAACCUGGCCUGGUGGCGCUAUUUCUGCGCCUACUUUCCCAUCAAGAUCGUCAAGACGGUCGAUCUCGAUCCGACUCGGAACUACCUGUUCUGCUCCUUUCCUCACGGCAUCUUGUCGACCGGCGUCAGUGGCGCUUUCACAACCAACGGCCUUGACUGCGCCAAGCUUUUCCCGGGACUGGAUUUCAGGCUUCUCACGCUCGACGCGCACUUUCAGACGCCGCUUUUCCGGGAAUACGUGCUCAAUUACGGCAUCUGCAGCUGCGACAAGGAUAGCCUCGACUACCUCCUGUCGCACAAGCCGACGGAGAAGGACGGCCCAACCGAGGCGCCGGUGACCGGAAGAGCUUGCGUCCUGAUCGUCGGAGGAGCCGCCGAGGCUUUCAAGUGCAAGCCGCAGACCUACAACAUUCUCGUCAAGCGGAGGAAGGGCUUCGUCAGACGCGCCUUGAAGAACGGAGCACCGCUGGUACCGGUCUUCUCGUUCGGCGAGACCGAUCUCUACGACCAGCUCAACAGUCCCGAAGGCUCCUUCUUGCGGGCAGUCCAGGAAUUCGUGAAAAAGGUCACGGGAAUAGCUCCAGUGGUACCGAUCGGCCGCGGCCUCUUUCAAUACUCGUUUGGCCUCGUUCCAAACCGGAAACCUGUCCACGUUGUCGUCGGCGCCCCGUUGGAUGUGCCGAAAAUAGAGGAGCCCAGCAGGGAAGAGGUCGAUCUCUAUCACGCACAAUUCACGGACAAGCUCAUCGAGCUCUUCGAGACGCACAAGAGCAAAUACUUGGAGAACCACGAAAGCAUAAAGCUCAUUUUGGACGAUUGCUAGGAGUUGCAAGAUUAAUAAAUACUCUCGAGUCUCGUGUUGUAUCAUCGAAGCAUCUAUUGCAUAGUAUAUUUGCACUGUCAUUGAACGUUACGCACUGUACCAUAAGAGCACGUUGUUUUAUACUUGGAAUAUUUUUAAUAAAAUGUAAGAGGUGUUAAUUGGCCUCUCUAUUAUUUUAUAGUAAAAAAAAAAACAGAAAUACAUCGUGGAAUGUCGCUCGAAAGGUUGGAAAAAAAUAGUC